UGUUGGCAGCUGUUGCCAUUUUGACUGACGGUGUACGUGCUCGAGUUGCUUCUAUUACGAUGUUGUGGUACGUGAUACUGGUCUUGUGCGCGGUAUCUCUGAGCAUCCAAAAUGAAGCUGACUUUAAAGUAGUAAACAUUUCGCAAGGACCCGUGCGUGGACGCAAGGAUCCUGACGGGAUUUACGUCUUUUAUAAUGUUCCUUAUGCCACCGCACCUACGGGAGAUAAUAAAUUCAAGGCUCCUCUUCCUCCACCAAACUGGACGGAACCAUUAGACGCAAUAGAUAAACGUGUGAUAUGUCUACAAGCCAAUUUUGAAAUGAUGGAUUUAAGCUCUAGGGUCAUGCAAGAGGCCUGUCUCAUUGCGAAUGUGUACGUGCCAGAUACUGAAGAGAAAGACUUGUCCGUGAUGGUUCAUAUACAUGGAGGAGCUUUUCAGGUUGGCUCUGGAGAAACAAUCACAGCAAGAAGCUUGAUGAAAAGUAACAAGAUAAUUUUAGUAAAUUUCAAUUAUCGCCUUGGCAUUAACGGUUUCCUUUGUUUGGGAACUAAAGACAUUCCGGGUAACGCGGGAAUGAAAGACAUGGUGGCAUUAUUACGUUGGGUUAACGCGAAUAUUGCCAGUUUCGGUGGAAACCCAAAUGACGUCACACUUGUGGGUUAUAGUGCAGGUGCCGCUGCAGCAGACCUUUUGAUCUUAUCCAAGUCUGCUAAAGGACUUUUCCAGAAAGUUAUUUUAGAGAGUGGUUCUAGCCUAGCUGAGUUUGCAGUCCAGUCGGAUCCACUAGAAAAUGCUAAGAUGCAUGCUAAAACUUUAAAUUUCACAAAUGUAGAUGAUGUUUACGCUUUAGAAAAGUUUUAUAAGACUCUCCCGCAUUCAAUUUUAACGCAAGAUGCGUUCUCUGAUAGAAAAGACUCCACUUUCAUGUUCUCACCGUGCGUUGAACGUGACGCACAAUCUGGAGACGAGGUGUUUUUACAUGACACUCCUAGGAAUAUUUUAAAGAAAGGGGAACUUACAAAAGUCCCCAUGUUAAAUGGUUUUGCUAAUAUGGAAGGGCUGUUUCGAAUAUCCAAGUUUGACUCUUGGAGUAUAGACAUGAACCGAAAAUUUUCAGACUUCUUGCCUGCUGAUUUGACUUUUGAUAGCGAUGAACAAAAAGAACUGGUGGCUAAUCAGAUAAAAGACUUUUAUUUCCAUGGUAAGCCUGUCGGCCCCGGGAAUGUUUUAGAAUACGUUGACUAUUUCACGGAUGUUUUGUUUGCAACUCCGGCAUUAAGGUCGUUGCACCUAAACUUAGAAGCUGGCAACACUGACCUUUAUUUAUAUGAGUUCUCAUUUGUGGACAAUGAUACAUCUUUGGUGCCUCAUACCACAGUAAGAGGUGCCGGUCACUGCGCACAAACGCAGAUUAUUUUUGACUGGGAUUCGUCAUUGUAUCCAGAUGAGAAAAUACCUUCACCUGAACAUGAAAAACUACAGAAAAUCAUGAGAGAAAUGUGGGGCAAUUUUAUUAUAAGUGGAAAGCCUGUGCCUGACGGGUCAUCUCUUCCCCCAUGGCCAGCUAUGAGCCUCAGCAGUUCCUCUUACAUGUCAUUGGGAGAGACGGUGGAGCUACGCACCGGCCUGCUGGCAGACCGAGCUACUUUCUGGAAGAACAUCUACGAGAAAUACUAUAGAGAGCCAGUGCCACCUAAACCGUAGAGGUCUUUGUAACUACUAGCUGUUGCGUCUCAAGCGUGGAGUCUCAAGAAAACAUAUUGCCACAUAAAAAUCCCGUGGA